GUCUGCGUUAUGCGGCAGUACAGUUUGGUACAGAAUGUUGGUGUGGGGACCAAUAUGGCAAGUACGGUAAUACAGAUUCCUCCCUCUGUGAUGCCUCAUGCCCUGGUGAUAUCACUAGCAAAUGUGGUGGCUUUAAACUACAAAAUGUCUACAAUACAGGCUAUGGAAAAAAAACUACCAAUGAUAAUUGGAGGGUCGAGGGUGAAGAUAUAACAGACACGCAUGUCAGGAUUGCCUUUGUUCUUACUGUGAAUGGACGUGCUGUACGCCAAGUGAAACGUCUCUUCAAGAUGCUCUACCACCCUCAUCAUUACUACUUCAUACAUGUGGAUUCUCGUCAGGACUAUCUGUACAGAGAACUUAGCGUGCUUGCUGAUAGGUUCCCAAAUGUGAUGAUGUCACAGACGAGGCUCUCUACCAUCUGGGGUGGGGCUAGUCUACUACAGAUGUUGAUCCAGUGUAUGAGAGACAUGUUAGCAAUUAAGGACUGGAAAUGGGACUACUUUGUUAAUCUGAGUGAAUCAGAUUUUCCAAUAAAGCCUCUGAAUGAACUGACUGCAUUUCUGACAAAGUUCAGAGGAAUGAAUUUCGUCAAGUCCCAUGGAAGAGACACACCAAGGUUCAUUAAAAAACAAGGACUAGACAAGACCUUUGUUCAAUGUGACAAUCACAUGUGGCGACUUGAUUCCCGCAAAUUGCCUGAUGGGAUACGUGUGGAUGGAGGAAGUGAUUGGGUUGGACUUCAUCGUGACUUCUGUGAAUAUGUUACAACUUCUCAAGAUGACCUUGUCGUAGGGACCAUGGAGAUUUGGAAAUACACUCUUCUACCAGCUGAAUCGUUCUUCCACACAGUUUUGCAUAACAGUAAGUUCUGUACAAAGGUCAUCAACAACAACCUCCAUCUCACAAACUGGCGUCGCAAGCAGGGCUGCAAGUGCCAGUAUAAACACAUUGUCGACUGGUGUGGAUGCUCACCUAAUGACAUCAAAUAUUCAGAUUGGGAUAAAAUUAAAUCUACUGAAGACAGGCCUAUCUAUUUCGCGAGGAAAUUUGAAGCAAUCAUAGAACAGAAAACACUUAACAUCAUAGAUGAGAAGAUAAAUGGAGAAUACCCCUUUGGUACAACAGGGUUGAUAUCUUACUGGCAGAAUGACUUUCACCAUCUGGAUCAUGUCGUUAAGUUCAACAAUGCCUACUAUACGCUCUACCAGGCAUUCAUUAGACAGAGCAUGGCUAGCCUGGCAAGAGGUAGCACUGGUUGUUACCUAACAGAACCACGUCUGUUGGAGGUUACGACGUAUCAUAGAGCAGAUAGGUUUCAGGGUAUAUUGGUGCUAUACAAAGCCAAAAACAAGGCUGACAACAAGGAAGUUACAAUAGAGUCUCAUCUGAAAGUCGAUCACUUCAUGCGGGUCUUCCAAGUUCUAGGUCCUUCAGCCAGGAUGGUCAAUAUUGAGGUGGGCACAGACUUUGAUCUGAAGGAAGAAGUGUUUAGAAAUGUUGCUGGUUUAAUGGGUCCCUUUAGUGCAGUGUCUGUUAGGAUUCAAUGGGGUCGUGGUGCCAAGUUCACCUUCACCCUAAUGUGGAUAGACCCAGCCAAUACAAUUGCUGCAUCUUAUGAUAUUAGUGUCAAUGCGGAGGACUCUAUUACCUAUCACAAACCAUCUCUUAUUCAGCCCUUACGUCCUGGCGUUUGGAAAGUUCGAGUCAUAUAUGCUUGGGAAACGUUAGUAGAAAGUGAUUUUCUAAUAAUUCCUUUGACACAUUAUAACAAUCACACAAUUACCAAGGAGGAGGUCCAAAAACUGCAUAAUGGUCCAAAGAAAUUGUAUAGUGAUAGAGACUUUGCUGAUUUUAGGGAAGCUAUAAAAUUAAAAAAUACCAAAGAACUUCAGGACGAGGCCGAGAUGAAUGGUCGUAAAACUGGUGAAAGUUUGGUUUCAUGGGUUGAUCAACUUACUGAAAAAUUUUGGAAGAUUCAUGAGCAUUGUGUAAUUGAAAAAGCCUCAAAAUGUGUUGAUCUCGAUAUAUGCUACUCUACACCAUGGAGUUCAAGGUCACCUGAUCCAAAAUCAGAAAUAGGUCAAUUUAAUCUCAAAACUGGCAGAUUAAGGUAACACUAAUUGAUAGUAACUCUUUAUAUUUAUUAUAUAUAGUGAUACCUGUCAUUCUCAAAACCAUGCUAUACAAUUAAUAAUAUACAAUCAAAAGAUUAAAAAUGUGCUUUACUGCCUCAAGGGUGCACUUAUAUUUUUCUCUCACAAAUGACUUUAUAUUCUGGUAAUCAUAUACCCUGCACGUAGAGUCUAGUUA